AUGCCUGCGCCUACAGCCCUUCAGCGGCGGCCAGAGGAACUUAUACAAGACAUUGCAGAGACGGUACCUCUACCAGAAGAUGACGACCUGCUCAUAACAACAAACUCGUUCACUUCGCUCCCCACCGAGAACCCUACUUCACCAUCAUCAAAUCCCUUACCAUCCGCCAACCCGCCCACAACCGACACAGAAAUGACCACCAUCGACCCAGAAGGCCGACCCCUCUUCCCCGCCUCCACCGACACCCCAACCAUCCACCGGAUCCAACAACGCAAAAUCCCCAUCCCACCGCACCGCAUGACACCGCUCAGAUCCUCCUGGCCCAAGAUCUACCCACCCCUAGUCGAGCACCUGAACCUGCAAGUACGCAUGAACACCAAAUCGCGCGCCGUCGAGCUCCGUACCUCGCGACACACCACGCACGCCGACGCGCUGCAAAAAGGCGAAGACUUCCUCAAAGCCUUCACCCUCGGCUUCGACGUCGACGACGCCAUCGCCCUGCUCCGUCUCGACGAUCUCUACAUCGAGACCUUUGAGAUCAAGGAUGUCAAAACGCUUCAGGGCGAGCACCUAGGGAGGGCGAUUGGCCGCAUAGCGGGCAAGGACGGAAAGACCAAGUUUGCGAUCGAGAAUACGUCGCGCACGCGGGUGGUGUUGGCGGAUAGUAAGAUUCAUAUUCUGGGUGGGUUUGGGAAUAUCAGGAUUGCGAGGGAGGCGAUUGUUAGUUUGAUUUUGGGGAAGCCACCUGGGAAGGUGUACGGCAAUUUAAGGGGAGUGGCCGGGAGGAUGAAGGAGAGAUUUUAA